AUGCAUACCCGAACUGAACUUUAUUGGCGCUAUUUGAAGAGGCGGCUAAAUGAUGCGAAUGCGAAAACUUUUGAGCAGCAAAAGGAAUCAGAGAGUGAGAACAUGACUGAAGAAGAUGUUCAUCGGUUAGAAUCGACGCGUGAAAAACAGAAGCGUGAAAGAGAUGGUAAAUUAAAUGAUUUGGUAUUGCGCUCAACACUUGGAACACGAAUGCAGGAGCUACUCGGCCGUUACGUCCUUAUGGAACAGUAUUACAUGAAGGAAUCAGUUGCAAAAGCAAUGACAAUGGAUUUGAAAGAAACUGAUAGCUUAACAAGCUCUAUGCUUGACGAUGUUUUCUUCAUUGUCCGUAAAUGUGUUCGACGUUCCCUGAGUUCAUCCUCAGUUGAUUGUGUAUGCGCAGUGUUGAAUAAUGGUGUUACCUUAUUGGAAACCGAUUUCUUGAAGUACAUUUAUGCAGGCAUUAAGGCCGGUUAUCCGGGCGCUGGGUGGACUGCAGAGGCGUACCAAACAGCGCAGACAGCCUAUAACGUUAUACAGCAUGGAAAAACAGUUGCGGAUGCUGGUCCUGAAAAGCAAAAAGAGUUGAGUGAAGUUGAGAAAGGGAAACUGGAGAAUGCUGUUAGUCAGCUGGACGACUUGGUACGAAAGUUUGACAGCUCCGCGAAUGUUGGCGUUGACAAAUUAUGUGCAGCAGCAUUUCGGCCAAAGCUAAAGUCGAGCAUGGAACUUUAUUUGAACGUGUCUCAUACGCCGUCUGAUAGUGAAUUCGCGGAUUUUGAAGCUGACGAUCCGUUUAUGGAAAACUUCAUUGCAACACUGGAUCGACAUUUGGCAUCAUUCGAGCCUUUACUUAUUUCUGUUAAUUAUACCGUAAAUUUUUUGUUCAAAAAAUGUUUAGGUAUGGAAGUGAAAGUUAUUUUGUAUGAAAAUAGGGAAAAUGUUAUUUGA